UUUUUGGCACCUUCAAUGUCUGACGAGGAGCAGCUGGCUGGACUGAUCGAGCAAAUCGAGACGCUGGACCUCGAGCCUGCCGUCCUUGAGCAAGCUGGGCUUCGCCUCUUGAAUCUGGCGCGCCAACGCGCGUCGUGUGAGGCGACCGCAGUGCUGUCUGAUCCCGACCUCCUCGCGCUCCUGUUCACGCGCAUGUCCAACGACGCGAUCUCCGCGGCACGCAAAGUGUGCCACAGUUGGCGAGGGAUCGCCGAUGACGAGAUUGCGCGCCUGCGAACGCUGCGACUCCAAGACGCCCUCCGACUUCCCAUCGAUGGAUCAACGGACAAGGCUUAUUUAGGCCUCGUUGCCCUCCCUGGCAAUGAGCUGUGCAUCUCCGACCAGACCGGGAAUCGGCUCAUUCUCCUGAAGGUGCAGCGGGGCCAGGUGCUUCAGCGCCACAUCGGCCGCCGUGGCCUCGGCCCCGGUGAGUUUGAGGGCCCUCGGGCCCUGGCCACCGACGGCGCUGGCGCGGUUUUCGUGGUCGAUCAUGGAAACGCGCGCGUCCAAAAGAUCGCGACGCGAACGGGGCGCCCCCUGCGCUGCACGUCAACGCACGCAAUCCAUCCGCAGUACACCAACCGAGGGCUGGGCGCCAUCGCCUUCCAUACGGAGCUGCAGCAGCUCUUUCUCGUCAACUCGUACACGCGCGAGGUGAGUGUGUAUGACGCGUCGCUCGGGCUGCAGCGCGUGUUCAGCACGCCCCAGGGCUCCCGGCCGUGGGGAGUCGCCGUCAGUAUCGACCGCUUGUACAUCGCCGACAUGCAGCUGGGCUGUAUCUACGCCUUCUCGCUGGGCGGUGAGCUGCUGCAGACGUUUGGAAAGGGCGUUGUGUUCGAGGCGAUACACCUUAUCGUCAUACACGAGAGGCUGGUCACGAACGACAUAGAUGCGGCCUUCUCCAUGGACAACGGUGCGGCAUUUGUCGCCUUUUCCCUCGACGGGCGGCUCAUGCAGACCAUCUCUGAGCAUUCGGAAGACGGUGAUCAGAUAGGCGGCCGGUGGAUGCAGGCCGUCGCUAGAAGCCACGACGGCCGCCAUCUCAUGGGUCUGAUGUCCCGGUGGAUUGGUGACGACGACGAAAGCGACGAGCGCGACGGGGAGGGACGCAUCCUCCGCAUUUGGGGACCGCCUGAAGCCAUCACGCAGCCUGAGGUCACCGACAGCCUCAAGGUAGAGCCGCUACAGAGCCUGCUUAGCAGUCUCUAAACUAUGCAGAUGCACUGCAGCCGCUCGUCAGGCUGGUCAGCUCGGCCCGACGGAGUGAUCUCGCACACGGCGGACACAUCUAAACACAUGUGCGAUGUGCGGAGGGACAGCAUGUGUGUGUGCCGAUAUAUGAUAUGUGUGUUCACGUGUGCUGCCACACCCCACAGAGUAAAUAAAUGUGUGUGCAUGUGCAUAU